UUCUUCUGAGAUAAAACUCAGUCAGUGAGAAAACUUGAUCGAAAUAGGAACAAUAGUAUCGGGAAAAAUUACUUUGAAAAAGUCAAAACGUUGUUUUUUUUUGGCCAUGCGAUUGUUCGGCUUGAAAUUGAUGUUACGAAGUUUUUUUUAAGUCUUGGAAUAGUUAAUGAAAGGAGCAGUGAGUGGAGUUUAUUGAACAAUAGAAUAUGGUUAAUUCUGUGCGCCUGUUGUGUCGAGUCAAUAUUGAUUAAAUUAUAAAUGAACUAUUUUCACGAAAAAUAAUUCGUCCGAACUUUCGCGAGGAACGAUUUGAAUGAUGAUUUGUUUUUUUUUACGAUUGUGUAUUGAUUUUUGUUUUCCGUAGAAACAUAGAUACGUUGUUUGAAAAUCACGACUCUCCGCGUCGUUAAACAUCGAAAAGUAUGAAUUUAUUGUUUCUGUACAGAUUCGGUUGAUUAUUUGUUGUACAAAGAACUGUUAAUUUCAAUCGUUUUGUCUUCGAGAUGAAGGUAAAAUUACGAGUACAUAAAGGUUCAAAUUGAGCACAAAACCAGUCAAUUUUGCAAGCUGCAAAGAGAAAAUUAAUUUCCAACGAAAUUACGUUUUCCUUAGCGGAUGCGGUGAGGUAAUGGAUUAUUACAUUUCAUAGAGGUGAGACGUUCGAGAGGGUUACGAAUAGUGGGUGACGUUCGUCGAGGCAUAAUGGAAAAAGCUUUCGGGGAUGCGCGGUGUGGAUGAGUAGCAAGGGAGAGAAGCAGCGCGCGCGACUACGAAGUGAAGCCCCCGCGAGGAAUCCACUUGAGCCGCAACUAUAAGAGGAACGCCGUGGGAACCCGAAGCCGCAGACUCGUACUCGUACUCUUCGACAACCGAUUAACCGAAUCGGCUAUUGAAUUUUUCAACAAUCGAUUCAAUUAAUAAUCCCAUCACGUUAAAUAUUUAAACAGCCAAAUAAUCAAAAUCCAACAUCAUUGAACUCUGGUAAAUCGAGGGAAAUUUAAUUGGCGUUAAAAAGAAAAAUCGGGGAUUGAGAAAAUAAAUCGUUGCUCAUUGGUUUUGCCACUGAAUAAUCAUAAAUCGACAACGAGGAACAAAAAUGUUUGGAGUUUUUGCUGUAAUCACGAUCUUUGGAGGAUUCUCGAGUUCUUCGGUCCGGGCCAGUGUCAUACCCGGCAAUGAUGUACCCUUCCCGCAACAGAUCGCCAGAGAUCUCGACAGAAAUUCAGAUCUCGAUUUUUAUGGAUUCAAGGGAAUCGUUCGUCAAGAAAUCCCGGCGGUGCCAAUAACAGAUUGCUUUUUCACGGUAUCACAAUCCGGUCGAUACGUUUAUAAAGCAGUGGAUGGAACGGAAACCGUUUGUGGAAUAUACGUUUUUACGGAACCCGAUGAAGUGGUUGAAUUUUCGUUUCCACACAUGGACGUCCCUUGCAAUGGCAUCGAUUUAAUUGGCGUCGUGGACGGAUGGGAAUUGAAUGGCCAAUAUUUUCCUUCGGGUUCCGAUCAUCAUCUCUCCCUCGACAAGAGAUCGAGCGAGUUCUGUGGUCGUAAAAACCUCAAGACAUAUACGAGCUCGCAAAACGUUGCUUUAGUACAAUACAGAAUACCGACCGUGGGCAAAGGCUUUGUCGUAUCAAUCAAGUUUCGGAAGAAUCUUCAGCCUUGCAAUGUGGUUGCUAGCAGUCUCACAGAGCCGUUCACGCUCAGGAACUUCGGGAGACGCGUUAAUUGCACCUUCGUAGCAAUUUAUCCGGCCGUUGUACGCAUCGAUGCUCUCGAUGUUGGCAGCAAGAGGCUGCGUGGUACUGCAUUUCCUGAGAGUGAAACCGGAAUCAUCCAUCAGUGUGACAAACGAGGUUCUAAGGAUCAAGUACAGAUUGGCGGAACUAGUGGCCUGGACACAACGGAAGUGGAAAUCUUGGAUACGAUAUGCGGCGUUGAUUCGAGACCAACUCGUAGUUCGAAGAUUAUUGAUUGCGAGGUGACCACAGUAAGAUUAGUAUCGACUGGGAAAUACGACAAUGCGAUAACAAUAACAGCUGAACCAGCGGACGGCAAGGAAAAGGUCGACGCAGAUUUAACCUGUGGCUUAAAUGUAAUACACGCUGCGGAGUGAGUGAACAAAAGUAUCGUCAAUUAACUCGAGCACACGGAAUUUCCUGGAGUCGGAAUAAAUAUAAAAACGCAUAAUUUAUCGGUAGAAAUAAACUUUGUCACCUGACUUUAUCGCUGAUUCUUCAUAAUUUCUCAUUGUCACUAACAAAGAAAGAGAUUGCCAAGAAAAGAAGGAACAAAGAGUCGAAAAACUUGAACUUGAAGUUUUCCGUAUAAUAAUGAAAAAAAUGACACCAAACGAAGAACAAAAAUUACUAAAUUUGAUAUAUUUCAUCUAUCAUAAAUAAUAGCAAAAUAACUAUUCGAACAGUCGAACUUUCAAGAUAACCGAGGAUCUUCUCGAGAUUUAACAUUUUAUCUGCAAAUGAAUAAAUCAUUGAUGUUAUUCUCACAUUUAUGGUUGAACAUUGUAAUGCUGUAUAUUUCGUUACAUUUAAGGAUGUAGCAUAAAAACGAAGAUUAUCUCCAAUAAAUUAAAUGUAGCAAAUUUC